CGUCGCGCGCAGUUCAUGAAUGUUGGCCAAUGUGUCGAUCACAGUCACAAAACGCUGGCCCAACCAUGUAUAAAAUGAAAGUAAGCGCCCUGCCUCUUACACUCAUCACCCAGCCACUCUUGAACUCAGCCACCCUCGCCGGCCCUCACCAAUGACCGUGCCGUCAAAGACUCCGGGGCGUCGUCAUCGGAACAGAUAUAGGAGGACGUCCAGGAUAAUCAAUUCCAACUCAUCGGAGUCCAGUUCCCUAGAACACGCCCCGCCACCGUCAACCUACGAAAGCCACCCGACCAGGCUACUAUUUUGGGGGCCACACCAUAACCAUGUUCUACGGUGGACGCAGGGCCCGGGCAGCACCCUUAGCACGCUCAUCCUCCGCAACUUGAUGGUCAACUUCAGCGAUCACGACCGAAAGGGGCUCUACCGCACGAAGGUCGGCGCGCUGAAUCUGCAGGCCGACGCUGGGCCCUUUCUGACCUCAGAUCCGGGGCACGAGGAAGAGGACCCGCACAGGUGGGCGCCCGCGCGGUUAGCGGCCAUGGUCAACUGGCUCCUCGACCGUCGCUGCGCCUACGACGUUACUCGGGCGCAGCGUCUCAUAGUCAGGUGCUGUGGAAUCCAACCGCCCCCUUCUGGUGACGCACCGGGCACCGACGCCCUCAAAAGGUUGCUCUUGCACAUGUCAAAAUCACUCACCUUCGUCGAGCUCGCUUCGCCAUGGCUCACAUCAAAUGGAACGCUGGCUGCGAAUCCUCUUGUCCUGGCGGAGAACCUGACGCAAGUCUUCAUCAAGUUCGAGCGGGCAAUUGACAAGUGCUUCGUCCCAAUCGCCCUCGAGCACCUCAUCGGCGACAUCCAGUCCUCCGUUCCUCUGCGGGGCCUCGACGUCGAGCUCACCGUGCCAACCUACGCUGAGGAUGCUCACGUCGCCGCUCGCUGGAUGGCCGUUGACAAAAUUCUCGCUGAGAAGAUAGCGGACGGCCUGCUUCCGCAAUCUCAGAAGCUUCGCCUCUGGGUCCGCGCCGCGAAGGGUGGACAACAAGUCGUCAAGUCAAGCAUGCACCGGUUGCGCGAGCUAGGACGCGUCGAGGUCCUGCGUGCUACGAAAUUUAGCCUGGGCUCGUCUGCGAGAAUCGACGUCGAUGGCUUCAUUUACACCUACAAAAUGGAUACCUGUUCAGCGUGAUUCGCGAUUUGGGACACGCGCAUAUCAUAUGAACACCGUUAUAGAGCAUCUACCAUACGCUAUAUCGAAUUGUACCUAAUUUUUAUGCCCCCUCGUUUGCUC